CAAUCAGCAAAACGUCACACACUUACUAGUGUCGAACAACCUCAAAAAGAAAGACGUAACGGCGCGAUACGCAUUAACCACGGUGGACGACGUGCCACAGUUGAGCGCUGACGGAGGUAGCGAUACCAACGUAGGAGGAGGAGGGUCGACGUUCUGCCAGAAGACCGUAACUCCGGAGCCAUUGUCGUCGAACCGGUGCCAGUGGUCGAGUUGCCGUCGAGGAGACGACGCCUUGGGUACGGAGAAAAUGAUUGGCUCCAACUGGAACGUCAUGCGUCAUUCAUCGGACGAUGGUGAUCGAAAGAACAAAGUCGUCGUACAGCAGCCUGAGGGAGGGGGUCCAGUCGGUCGGUCGAGCUACAACGACAGCGACGAACGAAGCGAGGCUAACAAGAGGCAACGCUGGUCGUCGUCGUCGUCGUCGUCAAUGCCUUCUUCGCGAUCGCUUGCUGAUGCAAACUACGGGUGA